CCCGCCGCUGUGUCCCGCCGCCGGGCAGCAUGAGCUCGCGGUUGCAGCUCUAAGCGCCCCGCUCCUCCGCCCGGACGGCCCGGCUGAGGUGACGGGUGCUCGUUGCAGGGCUGGGGGCCAUGAAGCCGAGUUCGGCCGGGACGGCGAAGGACCUGGAGCCGCAGGCACCGGCCCGGGGCGAGCAGCGCUCGGCGGAACCCGAGGGGCGCUGGCGGGAGAAGGGCGAGGCGGACACGGAGCGACAGCGCACCCGAGAGCGGCAAGAGGCCACGCUGGCCGGGUUGGCGGAGCUGGAGUACCUGCGCCAGCGCCAGGAGCUACUGGUCCGUGGCGCCCUGCGCGGCGCUGGGGGCGCGGGCGCUGCCGCGCCCCGUGCCGGGGAGCUGCCGGGGGAGGCGGCGCAACGCAGCCGCCUGGAGGAGAAGUUCUUGGAGGAGAACAUUUUGCUGCUGCGGAAACAAUUGAAUUGCUUGAGGAGGAGAGAUGCUGGUUUGUUGAAUCAGUUACAAGAACUUGACAAGCAGAUAAGUGACCUGAGACUAGACGUGGAAAAGACAUCUGAAGAGCACCUGGAGACAGACAGCCGGCCCAGCUCAGGGUUUUAUGAGCUCAGUGAUGGGGCUUCAGGAUCCCUUUCCAAUUCCUCUAACUCAGUCUUCAGUGAGUGUUUAUCCAGUUGUCAUUCCAGCACGUGCUUUUGCAGCCCCUUGGAGGCAACCUUGACUAUCUCAGAUAGUUGCCCCAAAUCUGCAGAUCUCAUAGGAUGGUUGGACUAUACAGAAGGCCACUGUGAAGACCAGGCCUCAGAGGCAGUUUGCUGUUUCCCCUCCACAUCACAAUUUAAUCCCCUUGGUGUCAUUGCAGAUGUGAAUCCCAAGUACCAGUGUGAUCUGGUGUCUAAAAACGGGAAUGAUGUCUAUCGCUAUCCCAGUCCACUUCAUGCGGUGGCCGUGCAGAGCCCAAUGUUUCUCCUUUGCUUGACGGGCAGCCCCCUGAGGGAAGAGGAGAGGCUGGGGAACCAUGCCAAUGACAUUUGUGUCGGAUCUGAGCUGGAUGCUGUCAAGACAGACGCUUCCUUACCAUCUCCAAGCAGUUUGUGGUCUGCUCCCCAUCCUUCAUCCAGUAAGAAAAUGGAUGGCUACAUUCUGAGCUUGGUCCAGAAAAAAACACACCCUGUAAGGACCAACAAACCAAGAACCAGUGUGAACGCUGACCCCACGAAGGGGCUUCUGAGGAAUGGGAGCGUUUGUGUCAGAGUGACUGGGGGCGUGUCACAGGGCAGUAGCGGGAACCUUAAGAAUUCUAAACCUGUGCCUUUGCCCUCGGGCGGGAUCUCCUCUUUGGACAAUGGGACAUUCUCCCCACUGAAGCAGUGGUCAAAAGAAUCAAAGGCAGAACAGCUGGAAAGCAAGAGGUUGCCCCUGCCAGAGGGCGGCUCCCUGGGCGCAGUUCCUGAACUUCAAAGUAAGCAUCUGCCCAAAAAUACCAAGCCAGCCACGCAGGAACAGGUUCGGUGUCCCACGGCUGUGCCAGGGGAGGCCCCUAAAGAAAGUAGUCAGAUCCCAGCUUCCUCUCCAAAAGAGAGCCCCGGGAGAGUCCUUGCCCCACUGCAAGAAAACAAAGUUGUCCAGCCACUGAAAAAGAUGUCACAGAAAAACGGCCUGCAAGCGGUCCCUCUAGCUGGGCCCCCGCCUGCCCCCCCUGCACCACUGUCCUCAGCUUUCCCAGUGGAAGAGCGGCCUGCCCUGGAUUUCAAAAGCGAGGGCUCUUCUUCUCAAAGCCUGGAGGAAGGGCCUCUGGUGAAGGCGCACUUCGUCCCUGCGCAGCAGCCGGGCGUCCGGCCGCACCGGGCCACCCGGACUGCCGCGGCCCCCAGGGGCUCCGCCCUGAAGCACAGGGCCCAGGCUCUCCACGGCCCGGAGGGUGCUUUGCCCACCGUGAGGGAGAAGACCCGGGUGGCCAAUAAGAAGUGUCGGUUCCCCGACGACGUGGAUACAAAUAAGAAACUCAGGAAGGUCUCGGCCAAGGGAAGGAGGAGUGGAGGCGGCCAGGCCGAGGCGGGUGUCCCCAGCCGGCCACUGGGAGCCGCGCACCGGGCGGGGAGCAGGGCGCAUGGCCACGGCCGGGAGGCGGUGGUGGCCAAGCCCAAGCACAAGCGAACCGACUCGCGGCGGUGGAGGUCGGCCGCUGAAAUCUCCUACGAAGAAGCCCUACGGCGUGCCCGACGUGCGCGGCGUGAGAACGCAGGCCUGUACCCGGCCGCCGUGGCGCUGCCCUACAGCAGUCCCUACGCGUAUGUGGCCAGCGACUCCGAGUACUCGGCCGAGUGUGAGUCCCUCUUCCACUCCACUGUGGUGGACACCAGUGAGGAUGAGCAGAGCAACUACACCACCAACUGCUUUGGGGACAGUGAGUCCAGUGUGAGCGAGGGCGAGUUUGCAGGGGAGAGCACCAGCACCAGCGACUCAGAGGAAAGCGGGGGUCUGAUUUGGUCCCAGUUCGUCCAGACGCUUCCGAUUCAGACGGUCACAGCCCCAGACCUUCACAACAAUCCUACCAAAACCUUUGUCAAAAUUAAGGCUUCACAUAACCUCAAGAAGAAAAUCCUCCGCUUUCGGUCUGGCUCUUUGAAGCUGAUGACAACUGUUUGAGUCGUAUCAUGGGUGUAGCGAGUGGUUUUUUUCUAGUGACUGAAGGAAAGGUGGUGUCUUAGUUUUUUUGUGUAAUAAUUUCAUGGGAUGCUUUCCUUUUGUUAAGAUAAAACCGAAGUAAAUUAUGUCUCUUCGUUAUAUAUGGACACUAGUGCCUUUCCUGGAAGGUAAAGAAUGUUUUGUUAGUUAGAAGUAAAUAUUGAGGUUUUAAUGGUGGUGAUAGUGAAUGAAUUUUUGUGGUAUCAGCUGAUUAAAUUCUGAUUUUAAAUUUCCUGAGCAUCUGUGAAGGCACAGGUUUUGAUGCUCAAGUCUUACUGGGAUGAGACCUGUUGAUCCGAAGGUCAGGUAGGUGGAAUUAUAGGACAUACAUUUGCUUCUUGGUUCUUUUGGGCAGUGUCUCCAUGAGGGCUUUUCUGUAGGGCAUCGCAUAGUUGUGUGAAGUAGGUAUGAAGGACAAUGUUUGUUUUCUGUAGUUUUUUUAUGUAGUCUUCAUGUCUCAGAUAUUCCCCCCCAUCCUAUCUUCUCAGAACUGUUUGGUUUACUGGACUCAGAACUUGAAAACAACUCCCUAAAUCCACAGAUCUGGUUUCAUGGAUGGGGAGACUGGUAAUACCUUAAGGGAUUCACUAAACUUUUGCCACACUUGGUGCCUAGGCCCUGGUUACAGUAACCAUUUCUAGGGCCUUUUACCAAACAUUUUGAUGCUUUCUUCUUCCUUAAUUUGCAGCAGAUCCAACCAUUCCUCCCUUCGGAGGACUUGCCUUUGGGAUAAAACUUUGCUCCUUGGGUACAGAGAAGUUUACUCCUAACAAAAUAACCUUGGGCAUUACUCCAAGCCCACAAUUGCUCACUGAGCACUGUGCCACCUAAGCAUUGGUCCAAACAUGUUAGUGCAAUCCAGUCCAGAUUGGACCACUGACCCUAUCUGAAAGGGCUUAAAACAAGUUUUUGGUAAACAGUAUUGUGUAAAAUUGCUUUUUUAAAUACCAAUAUAUGCAUGUUUUGUGCAUGAGUAGUAUUUGUUUUGAUAUUCCUGUUGAUGUUAAAUUUACUGUAUGAUAUAAACAGUAUGUGUUUUUAUAUAUCAUUGUGUAAAUUUAAUAUAACAUUAUAUGCUGUAAUAAACGAUUUGUUUUACUGCUGUUAAGUUUGUUAUUUGAGUAUAAAAACAUGUUUACACCUAUAAGUCUUAUACUGAUUUUGUGGGAUUUAUAUUAGGCCUAUUCUAGCAUUAGAAUAUCAUUUGCAAUAAUUAAGGCAGGUUUUAAGACCUAUUUUCAAAUGGAUGG